CUAACGUUAUAAUCAGGUUACCGUAGCUAACGUUCAUUUUAUCACUAACCUUAACCAGCAUGCGAGCUGGAUGUUCCAUGAGCUAGUUAGCGAACUUGGUAAUAUACUUUAGGUUAGACAGAUUGGAGGUGAGUGAGAAGUGGUGCACUCAUAUUUGGAGAGCCUACGUUAGCUACUUGAACGGGCAGUUAGCUGGGAGGGCUAGAAAUUAACAGUCAGCUAAGCUGUGGUAACAUUUCUUCUGGUGCAAGCUUGCCUGUCAUCAGACCAACGCUAGUUGAGUGGUGGGUUCCAUCAGUUGUAUAGUUAGCUGUGUUAGCUAGUGUUGCCAUCGCUGGCUAUCAUAAAUACGAUAUGAUAAGUAACAUCAGCAGACGAAAACCUAAGUUGGUAAAAAAAAGCUGAUAGCCAAGAAAGCCUGCCUAUUGUUGACUAACGAUGAACACUGUUGAAUAACCGCUAAGGUUGAACGCACCUCUUCGUUAAGGAUAAUUAACAUUACCAGACAUAAUUAAAACUUGGAUAACCUACUAGCGAUCGAUAACUUACCUAUACGUGCUUACCUUGCUGAGCUAAUAUUUGAGGGCUAGCUUGGAUAAUGUUAACGCUAUAAUAGUUCACUUAGAUAGUGUUUGACUGAGAAAAUUAACAUUAAUGUUAUGCUUUAGCAAUCUCGUUAUCUCAUGUGUUAGGAGAAAGCUGGUAGCUAGCAUUUUUAAAUUGACAGUAGACAGCUAUCGGCAGAUAGUUACCGUUAGCUAUUUUUAGGAGAGAACGUAUCUAACUUGGAUGGAUCAGCUAUCUUAAUAUCCUUGUUUGCAAACAAAUUCUGCCUUUGGUGGCUAACCUAACAGCUAGUAGUAGUUGGCUAACUACCGCCAGCUAAUUUCAACAUGACAGACCCUUCAUAACUAGCUAACUGACGUCAACAUUAAAUGGCUAAAUACCAUCAGCUAACUAGCUCCCAUCUUAAUGUUAGACAUUAAGCCAGCUAGAUCACCAUCAUAGUUAACCUGUUCUUUGUAUAUCGCUCUGGACUUUGAAUAUUCCCCUCGGCUACCUUGUUAGAAUAGCUCGCUAGCUCCAGCAAAAUGCGGCACAUCUGGACCAAUGCCAUUUCUCGCUGCGUAGCUUGGAGGCUAAGUCGAGAGGCUGAACAUCAGUAUUAAUUUCCAGCUGGAUAACGACAACCGGUAGCCUGGCCAUGAAUAAGCUGCGGCAGAGUUUUCGCCGGAAGAAAGACGUGUACGUGCCGGAGUCCAGCCGGCCCCAUCAGUGGCAGACCGAUGAGGAGACUGUGCGCAGCGGCAAGUGCAACUUUGCUGUCAAGUACCUGGGUCAUGUGGAGGUGGAGGAGUCCAGAGGAAUGCAUAUCUGUGAGGAUGCAGUGAAAAGGCUGAAGACGGACAGAAAGUUCUUCAAGGGCUUCUUUACAAAAGCCGGGAAGAAAGCAGUGCGAGCUGUGCUCUGGGUGUCAGCUGAUGGUUUACGGGUGGUAGAUGAUAAGACAAAGGAUCUGCUUCUGGACCAGACAAUAGAGAAAGUGUCGUUCUGUGCGCCAGACCGGAACUUCGAGCGGGCAUUCUCCUACAUCUGCCGAGAUGGCACCACGCGGCGCUGGAUCUGCCACUGCUUCAUGGCCAUCAAGGACUCUGGAGAGCGGCUGAGUCAUGCUGUGGGUUGUGCGUUCGCUGCAUGUCUGGAACGCAAACAGAAGCGAGAGAAAGAGUGUGGCGUCACGGCAACCUUCGACGCAAAUCGAACUACCUUCACCAGAGAAGGCUCUUUCCGUGUAACCACGGCAACUGAGGCAGCUGAGCGGGAGGAGGUCAUGAGGCAGCUACAGGAUGCGAAAAAAGCAGAGUCGGACAGCAAAGUUCCCACCACGAAGGCGCCCUCGUCCAAUCAAGUCGGCGGCCCCUCUUCACCCUCCUCCUGCUCUUCCUCCCCUCCGCUGCCAGGGGGCCCUCUGGCGUCCCAGGACAACGUGUCCUCCAUCCAUGUCAUCCCCCGCCGCCACGCCCCCGUAGAGGCUCUGGCUCGGCAGGGCUCCUUCCGUGGCUUCCCCGCUCUGGGCCAGAACACUUCGCCCUUCAAGAGGCAGCUCUCGCUGCGCAUGAACGAGCUCCCCUCAACCGUGCAGCGCAAGUCGGACUUCCCCAUGAAGAACACAGUUCCUGAGGUGGAGGGAGAGGGAGACAGCAUCAGCUCCCUGUGCACUCAGAUCACCUCAGCCUUCAGCGGGCCCGCUGAAGACCCUUUCAGCUCAGCCCCCAUGCCCAAACCAGUCUCGUCGCCCCAGUCUCCUGCGGCUCCAGUGAAUGGCUCAGCUCCUGCCUUCCCCCCUCCCCCUCCCCCUGCCCCUGCUCCUGCACCUGCUCCUGUUGUAACGGUUAAUCCCCCAGCUCUGCCUCCUCCUCCACUGCCUGCACGUGACACUAACCCCUGGGCCAAAGCUCCCGCUGCCCACACAGGCCCAGCUCAUGCAGGAGAAGAUUGGACUAAUCCUGCUGCUGCUGCGGGUUCCCUACCUACCAGCACUCUCACGCCCCCGCCAGGCCCCGCUGCCUCCCACAGACGCAAUCCCUCCGAUGCCGACCGCUGGCUGGAGGAAGUGUCCAGGUCUGUGCGUGCCCCACAGUCCUCCACACCCCCUGCCCAGCUAUUCCCAGGAGGGCCCGUGCCUGUCCCCAUGGCUCCUGCUGUCCCCAUGGUUCCUGCUGUCCCUAUGGUUCCUGCUGUCCCUAUGGUUCCUGCUGUCCCCAUGGCCUUCAUUCCCCCUAUGCCCACUCCAGCGGUGCCCAUCCUGCCACCGCGCCAGCCUGCCUUCCACCCCCACCCCCACCCCUCAGCACCUGCCUACCCGCUGGCCAACGGCCUUCCCUACGGCCAGCCCAGUGUGCCUGUCGUUGGCAUUACCCCCUCCCAGAUGGUGGCCAAUGUUUUCGGCUCUGCCACCCAGCCUCAGCAGCCUGCCCCAGCGCCUUUCCUGCCCCCGGGACCCCAGCAGUGCCCCCCUGUCCCACAGUUUGACCCCCAUGGCGCCUUUGGCAAGCCUCCGAUGCCCACUAUCGCCCAGGCUAACGUCAGCCUCCAGCCACCCAACGGCAACGUCGCCUUCAAUGGCACCGACAACUGGGCCGGCCCCGCCGCCUCUGCCGGCUCGGUGCCCCCCCCGCAGGCCGAUGCCUUCGAGGCCCAGUGGGCGGCACUGGAGAGCCGCUCGCACCAGCGCACCACGCCCUCCCCCACCAACCCCUUCUCCAGUGAGCUGCACAAGACCUUCGAGAUCCAGCUCUGAGAGGGGAUCAGAUGAGAAUGUGAUGCUGGGGUCAGGGGUCAAGGGGACAGGGGGCCAUCGGGAGAGGGGAAGUGGAGAUGACGAGGAUGUACAGACAGACGAUAAUGGUAGCAUGAGGGUGGGCAGUGUGAGGACUAGAGAGAGAGAGAGAGAGAGCUCCUUUCAAUCCUCCAUGGUCUUUGACCGCUCCCUCAUCAGCCACCCAGUCCCUCAUUGCCAUUCAUCUCCAUUAGCCCCUUCAGCUCUCUCUGUCCAUCUCUCUCUCUCACACUGUCUGUGGAAGACUUGAGCAGAAGCCGAAUGCAAGUGGAAGGCAGUCUGCACUGCAGCUGUAUAGGGCGAGUCUGGUCUGAGGACUCAGACAGUUGUUCUGUCUUUGAAAGACAAGGACACCAUUCAGACAAGUCCCCCUUUCAAACACACUACAAAGCGAGGGAUGGGGGAAAGCUAUGAGUGUGACUAUCUCAACUUCCCCUCUGCAUGCGUCGCCCCCCGAAAGCUAGGAGUUUCAACUACUCCAUCCCGUCUGAAGGACUGUAGCACUGAGGAACUGAGCUUCCAGAUUUUUGAGGAGUUUUCAUAAAACUCUAUGAUCAGAAGAAUACAUGAGAAGAAUGCCAAAACCUUUAUUUUUAUGCAUUUUAGUAUAUUUUAAAUAGCUUUGGAAUCUAACAGAAAGAGUUGUAAGUAAUCUUGCCAAAGGUGCAGGGCUAGCUACAAUGAAAAUGAUCUUGUGUGUGUAUACAGAUAAUGAACAUAUAUUAUAUAUAUAUAUAAAUAUAUAUAUAUACUUGGAUAGAACUAUAUUAACACACACUCUCUCAGCUCAUGUCAUUGUUGAUUUUGGUUGUGUAAGAGAGACUGAGUGAAGGGAUGGCUGUUUUUAGGUGAUGUUUUAUUAUUUUUGGUCUUACUGUUGUCGCUGAGGCUCUGUGAUUUUGGAUGCACCUCUUACUGUAAAUAGUGAAAUCAUUGCAACUACAAUCAAUGUGGACCCAGCAGGGGGAGGGGUGGGGAUGGGGGGGGCUCUGGGUCACCUCAGCACUGGAGUCCUGCAUUAGCAGGCCACCCAGGUCACCCCAUCUACUCUCAUCUCUCUCUCUCUUUCUUUCUCUCUCUCUCUCUCCUUGGUCUCUCUCUCUCUCUCUCUCUCUCUCUCUCCUUGGUCUCUGUCUCAGAAUCUCUCACUCACUCACACACUCUCCAUCUCUCUAUCUGUCUGUGUUCAAUCUCUCCAGUUUUCUCUGUUAUUUGUGAUUUUUAAGUAUAGUACUCGUCAGUUCUUAAGUUUUACCUCCUGUUUUUCUUCACGUGGUAACUUAAAGUUGUCGUUUCUUUUUAUAUUGAUUUUAACACUAUUGACAGUUUUCAUCUCUACUGCUUACUUUUUAAUGGUUUCGUUAAGAUUUUUUUAUUUGCACAAAAGCACUAUCAUGAUUAAUCAGUCGACCACACACUGGUGAAGCAGCAAUAGGUUUGGCAUCAACUGGUUUUAAUGCUGGCAGGGAGGAAUGGCAUUCAAGUUGGCAUGGUGGCAUGGCCAAAGGGCAGUAUAGGUUAAGCUGUUUGCAGUUGAGAUGAAGAGACUGUUGUCUGUCCAUUUGGGCUCAUGUUCCUAUCUCUGAUUUUGUUUUUAUCAAACCUGUGAGUAAGAUGUAUGUUUUGUUUUUUUUUUCCUCCCAUGAUUCUUUUUUUUUUUUUCAUUAUUUUAUUCCACUUCUCUACAGAACAGUUGAAUCUAAAAAGAUUGAAUAAAAUGAUGGUGGUAGAGGA